AUGCAGAACAUACUCAGAGUCCCUGAAGACACUUUUGCAACACCUGAGGUUUCCAGUCAGUCCCAGUCCAAGUCAGAAAGCAGCGAAUCCAAAGAAAACGAAGUCAUUGCCAACCAGGAGUUCGUCCAGUUGCUCAAGCGCCUUGGACUGGAAAGUCACUAUCCAAGGAAAAUGGGGAUGGGAGAUUUCCGCACCAUCUGUAAGAUAUCCCUGCAGGAUAGCCAGCCCAGCCAGGACACAGAACUGCCAUUUUACUUCUUGCAAAAGCUGUUAACUGUGGAUUACCGGGUGAGGUACCUGACUUGCUGGGAAGACAGCAACCCAAAACUUGCAGCCCUGCCAAAAACCACCACAAAAAAGCACCAAUACUCAGACACCUUUGAACAAUUUUUUGAUGAUUUAGAGGAAGCGACCCCUGAACGUGCAAGCAGGGACGGCCGUGUGCACUACAUGGACCUGCAGAUGGCCAUCUUCCAUUGUGCUGAUGACUUCCUGAGACAGACCCUUGCAACCAAGCUGGCCUUCUGCCAACUGGCAGUGCCUCUGCUGCUGCCCAACCCGAGCACUUCACGCAUCGAGUUCCUGCUCUACGCCCUCAGCCAAAUCCAAAGGAGCUGGAAAGAAGUGGAGAAGUCAGGAAAGCAGGCCCCAACAAAGAGUUACAGCAACAAACUCAUCUUUCAGGCACAGACACCCAUUGUGUCCUUCAUCCGCAUUGGCAGCUCCGCCUCCUCUUCCAAGUCCCGGCUCCUGAACCCUCUGCUGAGCAAACGCAAACACGACACUUUCUUCCACCGCAACUGCAGAGGCAGCACCAGAGAGCGUUUGCUGAUGGAAGGGAUGGUGGAGAUUGCCUGGUACUGCCCCGGUGGAAGCCCUGAUGACACCUUUGAGCGCUGCGUGGCUUUCUGUAACCUGCAUGAAAUUGCAGCAGAGCUGAUGGUUUCCGGGUAUCCCAUGGAGCUGUUGGAUGGGGACGCUUCUUACCUGCCCUUGUGCUGGGUGGGAGCAAUCUUUGACAGCUUAAUUGAGAGGCUGGGGGACAAACGAGUGUUUGUGCUCUCCGUGCUCGGCAUCCAGAGCACAGGCAAGUCCACCCUGCUGAAUGCCAUGUUUGGCCUGCAGUUCAACGUCAGCGCAGGGAGAUGCACCCGCGGAGCCUUCAUGCAGCUCAUCCCGGUCAACAAAAUUCAGAAUGGUGACUUGCAGAAAGUCACCACAGCACACCUUGAAGGGCUGGUGAGAGAGACAAGUGAUGCCAUUGAGAAAGAAGUGGAAAAGUAUUUUACGGAAGAGAAUGACCGUGGGAUACUGGUCCAGUGGAAAUCAAGCUCAGCGUUGAAGCUGAAAGAACUGAAAGAGGCUCUGCUUGAUGAAACACAAAAGAAAUGUGAGAAUUUUAUUGAGCUACAGAAGGAGCAGAGGAAACUGGAUACAAGGAAGUUGCAAUAUGAAGAUGAGCUCCUGAGAAGGAGUCGGGAGCUGGCUGUGAGUCUGAAGGGGAAGAGCCUCAGUGAGAGAGAACUGGAGGACAACUUUACUCUUGUCUGGAACCAGUGGAUUGCCGAAGUCUCCCGUGAUGCUCGUCCUCAGGAACGGGUGGAUAUCGAUGCAGAAAUUGAAGAUAUUCUUGUAGAGCAUUUUAAGGAGCCGGGUAUCCAUGCUCGGAUCAGGUCAUAUCCCAAAGGCAGAGGAUUUUCUAUUGAUCCAGAGAAACACAUCAUGAAGAAAAAGCAUUAUGUCCUUUUCCAAGGUUUCAGGAGUAUUUCCAAUACUGAUGCGAUCAACUUUCAGCACAUCACAGACAACAUCAUAGCGUGUGUGAAGACAAACAUUGCUAAGAAGGAAGAGGAGAAACGGGAUUACAGUCGAAAUUUUAUUCAUGAAGUGCUCAAUGAAGUACAGAAAGGUGUGGACUCUGUCCCCAGCAAUGCAGAAUGUACUUUUAACAGAGAGUACAGCAUUGAUUUGUCUCUGUAUCUGUGCAGAAUGGCAGCAGGAAGAUUUAAAGCCAUGCAUGAAGCAUUCCAAAAGGCAAAUGACCCAGUUGUGUACCUGAGCAGCAAGAGAGAAGAUUUCUUCCAAUGUUUCCAGAUUUCCUGCCAAGGAGCCACUUCUGUCACAACUUUUGUUGUUUUCCUUUGUCAUAAGAUUGAACCAGCUCUUUGCAGUGCAGUCUAUGAGAGAACGGCUAAAGACAUCGCUGAGGACAUGCAGGGCAAAUUCCCAGAUUUCAGGGGCAGCAGAGCCAAUCUGGAACUUUGCAUCCUGAAAUACCUGGCAGAAGAGGAAAACUUUGAGUAUUUCAAGCAGUACCUUACAUCUCCAAAACAGUUUUGUGAGACUUAUAUUGAGACAUGUGUUAGGAAUUACUGUUUAGAUGGGAAUAGGAGGCUGGGGAUGUUUUUAGAUUCUUCCCUUGAUAUUCUCUGUCAAAAAAUCCUGUCUGCUGUUUCAAAAUCAACCCAAAUUGUCAAAGACAGAAAAUACAGGGAAGACAAAGUCUCUCUUUGGCUGGAUGAAUUUUGCAGGGAACUGUCAGAGGUGAUCAACUUGCCCAGAAGUGACCUGAAGGGCAUUGAGCACCAGGAGGUCACAGACAUUGAGUUCCUGAGCAGGGCCAUGACAGAAGCUCUGGCUGCCCUAAAAGACACGCUUGUUAAUGAAUUGGCUGAUGCUGACCUGAGCUGGUUUCCAAGGCAGCCUCACACCAUCCUGGCAGAGCAUUUUUCGAGGUGCUGGGCACAGUGUCCCUUUUGUGGGGCUGUCUGCACAAACACCAUGUGGAAUCAUGAUGGAGACCAUCAGCUGGUCUUCCAUCGCCCACAAGCUUUGUUGGGAUGCACAUGGUGGGAAUGUUCAUCUGGCAUGGAGAAUGAUACACAUGAAAUGAACAUUGAUAUUUGUUCCAGCCUUGUUGCAAGUGACUACACAUUCAGAGUUGGUGGUGGCCGAUGGAUCCCAUACAAGAGAUACCGGGAUGCUGGACCCCCGUAUUCCACUUGGAACAUUCUUCCUGAUACCUCCAUGCAGGCGUACUGGAAAUGGUUUGUGUCUCAUUUCAGGACACAACUGGAAGAUCUGUACAAUGGGAAAUUUCAGGGCAAAGGAGAAAUCCCUGAGGCCUGGCAGAGAAUUUCCAAGCAGGAAGCACUGACUGAGCUGGACAAGUGCAGCCCAUGUCCUCAGAAAGGAAGAACUACAAGGUUUUCACAAAUUAAAACAGCUUUGGCCGAGGCUCUCCCGAAAAUAAACUUACAAUAUGAUGCUCUCAUGCCACGUGGAAAUUAUAGUUUCCAAUUCUUCACAAAUUUCAGGAAAUAAGGCACACUACUCCAGCCUUUUCUCAUUAACUCAUUCCUUUGUGAUUAAGCCAGAAUCCUCUUGCCUGUUUGCCAUAAACAUUUCCCUCAUCUUUUACCUAGAGCCAAACCGAAUUCCCUCCUUGGGGCGAUCAGCCUCAUAGCCAAGCCGCAGCCCAAGGGCCAGGGAUGGGGCAAAGACAGCAUUCAAAGCACUCCUUGGAUCAG